UUGUAUAAAUAAAACGGUGUAAGAUCGACCAUCUUCAUUGUUGUAAUAGGUUAGCAGCUUCAAACGCUUGAGACACACUUAUUUAGCAAUUGUAUCUAAACAAAUUUCAAAUCAUUUGCAUCCCUGAUGCUCACUCAUUUCUUAACUCGAAUACCCCAGUACAUAUGGUAGCUAAAGAAUGCUGAUCAAUUCAUUGUCAGGAUAAUUUUACUAGAUACUUCGACUACAAUUAUUUUCUGUUUUUUUUAUGUCCUUCGAUGAAAUACAGGAAUGGAAAUAUCCUCAACAGAUAAGUGUAGUUUCAAACAAUCGGCAAGCCAUUUCCGGAAUCUUGGGGUGUAAAUUAAAUCAAAGCCGAACGUGAAGAGGCAAAGUAACCGAAAAAAAUGGGACAAAGGAUAAUGUUAGAGUGUUGCGCAUGUAUUAGGCAGACAAAUUGGAUUUUCGAGGAACCGAGAAGCCGCAAUUUCCAAUUCUUUCCAAAGACGGGAAAUCGGCGACUUGUUCCAUUCUGAUCUCAUCUCAUCUCAUGCAUUCCCCCGCCACUUGACAGCCGCGCAGCCACUAUUCAUAAACACCGCUUCAAUUUACUAUGCAGCGGCAAAAGAGAGCCGCCGCUCCUCGAUCCUCAUCACAUUUCUACCUCCCUCCCUUACUAAUUAAUAUAUAAUUAUAUAUACAUGGGGUGAAUUUUUCUAAGUUUCCAAAAUUUAAUUAAGUCGCAGCAGCUGCGUAGCUCAAUAAACUCAAGUAAAUAAAUCUUUGUGUAAUAAUGAAAAAGAAGAUAAUGCCUUUUUAAUUAAUUAGCAUUUUGUUGUAGCCGCCUUUAUUGCUGGAGUCGUCCUAAAAUCGCGGACCGAGUAAAUAAAUGUCCAAUGGCGUGGGUUGAUGAUGAUGAUCCAUUGGCCUGAGAAUGGGAUUUGGGGAAUUACCGACACCGCUGAUUGCAAAGUUUGGAACUCUUUCUUGUGGAUGAGGAUCGGGAUCCUCCACUACUUUAACUACUAAAUAAAUGGAAAAAUGGUUAUUGUAUUCCAUAACAAGUAAAUUAAAUAAUGCAUCCUUGUGAAUAAUAAUUAUAAUAAUUUUAUUAUAAAAAUUAUCGUUUAUGCCUAAAACUCUGAUUCGUUGGAUAGCUAGCUUUGAUUGAUGGGGGCAGAGAGCCCAUGACCACGAGCCAGCCUCGGCCCAGCCAUCCAGUUGCAAAGGCAGGCAGCCAUAGCUGGAAUGGGUGGGUGGGCCCAGGCCAGUGGAGAAAGCAAAGAGUCAGCGGUCAAACAUAAGACGAUGAGAAUAACAUGGGAUUCGUUUUCUGGAUUUGAUGUCCAGCUAAUUCAGCUUUUUAGACAGAUUGAUAUAUGUCCGAAUUUGGGGCAUUGAAUGAUGGUGGGGUGUUUUGAUUUUGCCGGUUGGAUCAGGUCGGGUCAAUUUCCCACCACUAAGUACUAAGUAGUAGUUAGCCUUCUCAUGUUCAUACCUGCUCGACUUUGAACCAUCAAACAGAUAAGGGAUGGCAGAAGAAUUCUUCGAUUCCUUUCCUUCUAGUAUGUGUGUUUCACGAUAACCAUACAAUUAUAGUUAACUUGCGUGUACCGGUUGUAUAUUAUAAAUAAAUACCGUUCCAUGAGUCUAUUGGCUUAUUUUUCAAUCAAUUGGUAAGUGCAAUUAUUCAUGGAAAGGGAGAAUAUUUAUAGGAAAUGGACGGAUUUAAUGAGGCGAGAUUUGUAGGAAAUGGACAGUAUAGUUAAGGGUUAUAUGUAUAAUAUGAUCUUUUACUAUACAGUUUUAUCAAACAUGUUCCUCAAUUAUUUUUUACAUCAAACAUGUAUGUCCCUAUACUUUGAAAAAAUGAUCAAACAUGCCCUUCAAUUAAAAUUUUCAUUAAAAAAAUCGUCAACAAUGGUUGAACCGAGAUUUAGAUGACCCGACAUCGGUAAACGAGAGAAAAAAAUGUUAGUUUUUCCCCUCAAUUUAUUUCUCUAGGUCUUGUUACCGUGAAAUUAUUAAAGGUAUUUGGCACUACAAAAGAAUCCAAACAGUUCUAAAGUGAAAUUAUCAAGGAUAUUUUAGACAUUUGUGUCGCCCAAACCAAGGUUCGACCAUGGUUGAUGACUUAUGGAUGAAAAUUUUAACAGAAGGACAUGUUUGAUAAUUUUUCCAAAGUACAGAGGCAUGUUUGAUGUAAAAACUAGUAGAGGGGCUCAGGGGCAUGUUUGAUAAAACGACAUAGUAAAGGGCAUAUUAUACCUAUAACCCGUUAGUUAAAGAUGGUUUGGAUGGGGUAUUGGGCUCUGGUUACUUGCCUUACAAUACCUUGAGACUUGAAUAGCGUUUAAUUUUGUAAGAGCGUGGAAUAAGAUCAAUAAUAAACUUCUCCCAACAAAUCGAAUUAUUGGGAUCAAAUGGUUUAUGACAUGAUAUCAUAGCUGGUUUGACCAAGUGGUCGUGUGUGUAAAUCUCCAUGAUCCCCAAUAUUAAUAAUUGAUUAAAAGCAUAAGGUAUGUUGGGCUUGUGCAAACUUCAAACCCGUCAGUUGCCUUUCGUACAAACUUAGCCAAGGUGUAUUGAAGUAGAGGAAAUAACAAAUUUUUGAAGUAUAAAGUACUCACCUAAAAAUGUUGGAUAAGCGAUCUUAUGAUAUGCAUGAAGUUGAUCUGACACAUCAAAUGUUUAUCUAUGAUCUUGUGCAGAUUGAACCGUGAUUCGUAUAGCUUAUACUCUUUGAUUCUAAAUAAAGUUGUUUAUGUGUAUGAGAAAAAAGAUUAGCUAACCAACUCAAAUUUAACUUAUCCAAACUUAAUGGGUUUUAAUUCAACCGAAGGAAACAUGGAAGGAAGGCAACGAUGGAUGAACACGACCAGAGUCCAACUUGGAAUACUCGCUCAAAAUUAAAUUUCCAAACACCCCCCAGGCCUCAAUAAAUUAAGAAUAAAAUAAAAAAGAGUUUUAGUAGGUUCCGACAUCACGCGCCCUGUUUCCUUCCACGUUAGGUUAACGAAUUGGGUAUUCGGUAUUCCUUCCGGAUAAGCUUCAAAUUUUUUCCCACUCCUCUAUCCAUUUCUACGCGCCUGUUCCUUUUUCGCCCACCCAAAUUCUAAUUAUAAAUCAAAUUUUUAAUUAAUGCCGCACACUAUUUUUCAUUCUAAAUUAAAACAAAAACAUUUUCCGCCCCCAUUUUUAUUUAUUUCCACGCCUAUUUCCCACGACUUUCCAAUUUUUCAAAUUCCACGAGCCUCCCAUUCCACACGCCUUUACUCUUUCCCCCUUCCUCCACAUAUAAAUACCCUCAUCCACCCUCGUUUCUCUGUCAGAAAACCAAAAAGCCUCUGAUUCUCCACAAAAAGAAAUAAAACGACGAUUACCGAUUACCGUUUCAUUCGCCGACGAAAUCCGAACUUUUAGAAGAAGAAAAGAAAAUGGUUGAUCUGCACUGGAAAGCCAAGAUGGUCUCCUCCGAUCUCCCCAACUCCCUCCAAGUACAGAUUCCGGCGCCGGCGGCGCCCUCCUUCCGCGGCGUAACCAGUGUUUCGCCGGCCUCGGCUUCCGACUCCGCGUGCUCAGCCUACGAGCUGUACCUCCGCCUCCCGGAGCUCAGGAAGCUCUGGUCCGACCGCGAAUUCCCCGAAUGGAGAAACGAACCGGUCCUCAAACCGGCCCUCCACGCGCUCGAAAUCACUUUCCGGUUCGUUUCCACGGUUUUAUCCGACCCGAGGCCGUACGCCAACAAGAGGCAGUGGAAGCGGCGGCUGGAGUCGCUAGCAACAACUCAGAUCCAGCUCAUCGCCGCCCUGUGCGAGGACGACGACGGCGGGGCUCCGGUCGUCGAUCUCAGCUCCGGGAGCGGGGUUCUGGCGAGGGAGAGCAGCUACGCGGAGGUGUGGACGAUCCCAGCCGGCGGGGAGGAGGAUUCCGCCGCCGCCGUGGUGGUGAGCCGAGCCAGCGAGGCCAGCCUCCUCCCUCCGCUGUCCACGUGGCAGACAUCCGAGGACGUCGCGCAGAAGAUCAUGUACUCGAUCGAGUGCGAGAUGAGGCGGUGUCCGUACACGCUAGGCCUGGGAGAGCCGAACCUCGCCGGGAAGCCGAACCUCGACUACGACGCCGUUUGCAAGCCGGGCCAGCUCCAUUCCUCCUCCCUGAAGCGGAAUCCGUACGACCAGCAAAUCGAGAACCAAGAGAACCAGGCCCUGUACACGGCGCACCAGAUCUUGGAAUCGUGGAUCCAGGUAGCCAAACAGGUGAUUGGCCGACUCACAGAGCGAAUCGUGGCGGAGGAAUUCGAAUCGGCGGCGAGCGAUUGCUACUUCGUGGAACAGAUCUGGAAGCUUCUCGCCGAAAUCGAAGAUCUCCACCUCCUAAUGGACCCGGACGACUUCCUGAAGCUGAAGAACCAGCUGUCGAUUCGAUCGGCGGCGGAGACGGAGCCUUUCUGCUUCCGGUCGAGGUCGCUGGUGGAGAUCACGAGGUCGUGCAAGGAGCUGAAGCACAAGGUGCCGGAGAUUCUGGGCGUGGAGGUGGACCCGAAGGGCGGGCCGAGGAUUCAGGAGGCGGCGAUGAGGCUGUACAGGGAGAAGUCCGAUUUCGAGAAGAUUCACCUGCUGCAGGCUUUGCAGGCGGUGGAAGCGGCGCUGAAGAAAUUCUUCUACGCGUACAAGCAGGUGCUGGUGGCGGUGAUGGGGAGCUUGGAGGCGAAGGGGAACGCGGCUGGGGCAGCGGUGGUGGUGGCGAGCUCCGAGUCGUGCGACUCGUUGACUCGGUUGUUCUUGGAGCCGACGUAUUUCCCCAGCUUGGACGCUGCAAAGACGUUUCUAGGGAAGUUCCACGAAAGGCGGAAUACGAGGCAGUAAAAUAGUAAAAAAAAAAAAAAAACUAAUCAUCGGGGAAUUUCUAGCUGAGUCAAUUUUUUGUUCCCCCAAACGUUAUAUGUAAAAUUCUUUUUGUUUUUCCUCCCUUUUUCGUUGACUGGUUUAUAUGUAAACAAAUAUAUGUUUAUUUGUUGUAUAAUUUAAUUGCAAUUCCUACUCUUACGAAAUCGAUCAAUCAAUCCAUCCACGAUUAUUUCCCACAGACAGCAAAAGAACAAAUAGGGUGGGAAUCAUUUAUUAAUUAUAUUAGGUUGAUUAAAGAAAACACAAUUACAGACAGUUGAUCCUUCUCCCUGACAGGCUAGAUAAUCAUCAUUCAUUAAUUAAUAUUAUUAGUGCGUGAAAAUGUGUCUCGUGGACCAUGACGACAAUAGGAAAAGGUUACUCUACAGGUUCCAAGUUCCAACUCCAACCGGCUGCUUCAACAAUUUGGAACAAUUGGGCUCCCACUACUAAAUGUCAAACAAUUCUAAAUUAGUACCCAGUUUGGGUUAGGUUCCGACGUUUGUAUUAGUAAUGGAGGACAAUAAUAUCCAUCGACAUGAUUAACAGUUGGAAUUCAAACAGAUUAAAUAGGAUAAAACUAGAUAAAAUUCGAAUUUGAAU